AUAUUCGAGCCAAACGAAGUGUAAAUGUCAUGGAGUUCUGAACGCAGGUAUAUAUGUUCUGCGACAACUGCUUAAAAGAUUUUUUAGUACAAUCCGGUAUGGUGGGAACACUUGUUCCCACCAUCAUUUUUUUUUAUUUGGAUAUAAAGAGGGAGAUAUUUCUCUUAUCCCCUUUAUAUUCGAGCCAAACGGAAUGUAAAUGUCAUGGAGUUCUGAACUCAGGUAUGUAUGUUCUGCGACAACUGCUUAAAAGAUUUUUUAGUAUGCAAGCGAGCAAUUUCUGGUGAUAGCUGUUGAAAGGACGGUUGGAGAGAGGGACUUCAACUAAAAGCCGAAACGAGAUUCCCAACGACGCUGCUGCUGAUGCUGCAGCUGUCGAAAUUGCUUUCCUUUUCUAUUAUAUCCCCCUUAAUUCCCUACAUUAAUUGGAAUGUGAUUUAAACAGAGUAUAACCCCAAAAGCUUCUUCUCACACAUUCCUUUCCCUCUCUCUCUCUCUCUCUCUCUCUCUCUCUCUCAUGUCGCCGCGACGCGAACACUUCCUCCUCCUCCUCCUCCUCGUCGAUCCCGGCGCCGCCGCCGCCGCCGCCGCCGAGGGAUGCGAGCGCACGUACGGGGUACUACCGUGCACGACGACGGCGGUGGGGAACCUCUUCCUCGUGUUAUCCUACGGGUUCCUGAUGUACAAGGCCGCGACGUGCUUGUCCUCGGGGAGCGAGCUCCUUCUCCAGAUCCUCGGCCCCGGGAUCGUCGGGGGCCUCUUCCUCCCCAUCCUCGGCGCUUUGCCCGAUGCUCUGCUCAUACUCGUUUCUGGACUAUCCGGGAGUAAAGAAACUGCCCAAAGUCAGGUCUUGAUUGGGAUGGGACUGCUCGCCGGCUCGACCGUCAUGCUUCUGACAGUCCUCUGGGGAUUUUGCAUUGUUGCGGGCAAGUGCGACCUUUCGGAUAAUUUUACCUCAAUCGAUUCACAAAACGAAAAAAGGUUCAGCCUCUUUGGUUCUGGAGUUUCAGUCGACUUGCAAACUAGCUAUGCAGCGAGGAUAAUGGUCAUAUCUGUUGUUCCUUUUAUCGUUGUUCAAUUACCGAAAGUUUUCAAGUUUCCUUCUGGCCAACGUGUCGCGGUGUUGCUAUCUCUUGUCGCUGCAGCUCUCCUUAUGCUUUCGUAUUGCCUAUAUCAGGUAUUUCAGCCAUGGAUUCAGCGGAGAAGAUUAGAAUAUGCCAAACUUAAACAUGUAAUAUCUGGAAUAUUUAAGCAUGCUCAGAAAUUGGAAGCUCUUGGACGGCUUCUUAAUGAGGAUGGAACGACAAAUAAUCUUGCUAUACAAAAAUUAUUUCGCCAUAUAGAUUCUGAUUCAGAUGAAAUGCUAUCACGUGCUGAGUUACAUGCAUUUAUCUUAGGAAUUCAGUUUGAAGAGAUUGACCUAGAUACAGCCGAUGCUGUAGAUAAAGUGAUGGAUGAAUUUGAUAUAUCACGCAAUAAUUACAUUGAGGAAGGAGAGUUCAUCAAUGGAAUCUCAAAAUGGCUUAGAAAGGCUAUGCAUGCUGCUGCAGCUUCUCAUGGCUACUCAAAUAAGUUCCUGGAUGACUUUCAUUUGAAAACAAGGGCUGAGCAUAACAAGCUAAUUCAAAGGAGCGACGAGGUCGCGGAGAGUACGGACAGCCCAACCUGGAGGUCCUGGACCUGUGUAAAGGCCGUCUUGCUUUUGCUGCUGGGAACUGCUAUCGCAGCCUUAUUUGCCGACCCACUUGUGGAUGCUGUUCACAAUUUUUCACUUGCCACACAUAUACCUUCUUUCUUCCUCUCUUUCAUUGCAAUGCCCUUGGCUACCAACUCGAGCGAGGCUGUCUCGGCAAUUAUUUUUGCUCGCCGAAAGAAGCAACGGACUUUGUCGCUGACAUUCUCUGAGAUUUAUGGCGGGGUGACCAUGAACAACACACUCUGCUUGGCCGUGUUCUUGGCGCUCGUUUAUGUUAGGCACCUAAAGUGGGACUUCUCCUCCGAAGUACUCAUCAUUCUCAUCGUAUGCAUCGUGAUGGGCCUCUUCGCCAGCUCCCGGACCACUUUUCCUCUUUGGACGUGCUUUGUAGCGUUUCUGCUGUACCCGUUGUCUCUGGCCAUCGUCUACGUCCUCGACUUUGUUUUUGGCUGGUCAUAGGCCGUAUAAACUUCGGUAUACGAUGUAGGUGUCUCUGUACCAUAUUUGUUUUCUACUCUUUUUAGUAGAUGUACGAUCUGUAUGUAUUGAUGAUAUCCGAAGUAGAAAUAUGUUUUUGAUGAUAUCAAAAAGUGUUCUAACAAAUUAGAUUAAAUGAAGGCGGUGAUCUCGAGAGUAGAAA